CCGCGCGAAGCGGUGUAUCCGCCGCUGUUCUCCAAUCGGCGGUGUAACGAGACUUUUCAGUUCGAACAAAACAGAAACAAGUACAUAAGUGCAAAAAACGAAAUCAACGAGAUUUAUGCUCAAACGAAACUUGCGAAUAAAGAGAGUGCCGCCCAUUUCUUUUCUUUUCUUUUGUGGGGCGAACAAAGCCACCUAACGGUCAACGGGCAACGGGAAUCGGUAUCGGAAAUAUACUAAAAAACGGGAGAACAAGGAAGCCUUCUUCUUUGUGCAGGCACUGCGUGCUAAUCAUUUGUGUUCCUGUAGCCCAGUGGUUAAUGUGCAUUCGAUAUUGGAUUUGAACUUAAAUUAAAUCCAGCCCAGCCCAUUUCAGCACCCCCUGCUCCUGUUUCCCACCAUUCGUAUGCGUCAUAUGUAAAAGAGCGGAAAAGGGGCGAAAAGGAGAGAGAGCCAACGAAAGAAGCAGUAGCCACAACAAAAGCAACAACCAUCACACAACACAGAACAAGAAGCGGAAAACUGAGCCACGACACCCCCGCCCGCUCCUUCCGUUGUUUUUGUUGCUGCUGCAGCUGUUUAUUUGCUGCCGGCUACUUGUGAGUGUGUGUGUGUCGCCACUGCGCAUGAGUGUGUGUGUCAACCCCCGCGGUCAAAAAAAAAAAAAAAAUAAAAUAAAAGUGAAAAGUUCAGUUCCUCAUUACAUUAGGAAUUGUUUACUUAUUACAUCAAUUAUUAAGCUUCCAAAAGAAAGCAAAGAUAAAUAGUUAUUGAAGUGAUCAUAGUAAAGUGCCAAGUUGUUGUGUUCAUUUUCACGCGAAAGAAAGUCGGCACAAAAGGCUACAAAAUGUGCUCCACACGUGUCGCCUCCGUCCUGCUCGCACUCGUUGCCCAGACAUUUUGCCUUCAGGACCUGUUCCUCCCCCAGCGGAGUUUCCCGCCCACUUCUGAACAGCUGGACAUGCAAGCGAUCAAGCCCGGAAAAACGAAGAACGCCGUUUCCGAGGAUGUUAUGUACAAUUACCUCAUGCAGUUUGAUUAUCUGCCCAAGUCGGACCUGGAAACGGGCGCCCUGCGCACCGAGCAGCAGCUGAAGGACGCAGUCCGGAGUCUCCAGUCUUUUGGCAACAUUCCAGUCACGGGCCAAAUCGACGCGGCAACGGCCCGGCUAAUACAGCGACCCCGGUGCGGCGUGGGCGACAAGCCGUCCGCGUACAGCUUCUCGCCGGAUAACCUGGACCACGACGGCGGCUCCGGCGGACGGGUGCGGCGCUACGUCCUGCAGGGACCCAAGUGGUCGAAAAAGGAUCUUACGUGGAGCCUGGUCAACCAGACGAUGCCCGAUGCCCCGAAGGUCCGGAUGAUGGUGAGCCGAGCCCUGAGCGUGUGGGAGAGCAACUCGAAGCUGACGUUCCGCGAGGUCUACAGCGACCAGGCCGACAUCCAGAUAGUCUUCGCGAGGCUCCAGCACGGCGACGGCUAUAAAUUCGAUGGACCUGGUCAGGUGCUGGCCCACGCCUUCUAUCCCGGCGAGGGGCGUGGCGGAGACGCCCACUUUGACGCGGACGAGAACUGGAACUUCGACGCCGAUUCGGACGACAGUCGCGGAACCAGCUUUCUGAACGUGGCCCUGCACGAACUGGGCCACUCGCUGGGCCUGGGCCACUCCUCGGACGAGAACGCGGUCAUGUUCCCGUGGUACCAGAGCAUGGAGGUGGACGGCAAGCUGCCCGACGACGAUCGCAACGGCAUCCAGGAGCUGUACGGCGCCAGGGAGAAGACCUGGGGACCCUACUGGCCGCGCAACACGCCCCCGACGACCUCCACCACGACGACGACCAUGCGGACGAUGAGCUACUAUCCCGAGAAGCCGGUGAACAGGCCGCAGUACAACCCCAACAGGGAUCGCGAGCGGGCCAGGGAGCGCCAGGAGCAGGAGCGCCGGCGCCUGGAGCAGGAGCGGCAGGAGCAGGAGGACCGCCGCCGGGAGCGGGAGCGGGAGCGCCAGUGGGACCGGGAACGUCAGGAGCGGGAACGCCAGCAGCGGGAGCGGGAGCGGCUGGAGUGGGAGCGGGCGAACCGGGAGCGGUGGAGGGAUCGGGAGCAGGUGACACAACCACGACCCACAAGCACCACCCCGAGAGCCACCACCAGGCCGCACGCCACCGGGGGCCACCGGCAGAGCCACCACCACAACAAGCCGCGCAAGCCCAAGCCGGACACCUGCAACACCUACUACGACGCCAUCUCGAUGAUCCGCGGCGAGCUGUUCAUCUUCCGGGGACCGUACCUCUGGCGCAUCGGAGCCUCGGGCCUGUACCCCGGCUACCCCACGGAGACCCGGCGGCACUGGGCCGCCCUGCCCGUGAACCUCACCAAGGUGGAUGCGGUGUACGAGAACAAGCAGCGCCAGAUUGUGUUCUUCAUAGGAAGCCAGUACUUUGUGUUCAACUCGGUGACCCUGGCACCCGGGUUCCCCAAGCCGCUGGCCAGUCUGGGCCUGCCGCCCACGCUGACCCACAUCGACGCCUCCUUCGUGUGGGGCCACAACAACCGGACCUACCUGACCAGCGGGACGCUCUACUGGCGCAUCGACGACUACACCGGCCAGGUGGAGCUGGACUAUCCGCGGGACAUGAGCAUCUGGUCGGGCGUGGGCUACAACAUCGACGCGGCCUUCCAGUACGUGGACGGCAAGACGUACUUCUUCAAAAACCUGGGCUACUGGGAGUUCAACGACGACCGCAUGAAGGUGGCGCACGCCAGGGUCAAGUUGUCCUCGCGCAAGUGGAUGCAGUGCGCCCGCAACGCCAACGAGGUGGACGACGAGCAGCGGUGGACGGCCUCCCUGGUUUCCGGUGAGACCGAGGGCUCCGAAGGCGAGGGAACGGGGCGGAGCGGCGCCAGGACGAACGGGAUCAGCCUCCUCCUCCUCCUCCUGCUCGCAAUCGUCCAAUUGGCCUCGACGGUCCGGCGGAGCUAAGAUCGGACGGAGGGCUUAGACUAAGGAUCUCUAGCACUAGGAGCCACGUUUCGCCUCGUAUUUUUUAUAAAGUAACGAUUUUUGUAAGCGAUAAGCGAAGAAAGGUGAAGAUCUGUUCUGGCUCCAAUUUUCCGGGACUUAGUUUGAUUCGAAAACUUUUUAAAAUAGUACUGAAGGAAUACCAUAAUUUGAUUUGAAAUAAAAUCGAAUCAGUUGUGGCCAGAACAGAUCCGAUAGGAUCUAAAUAUAUAGCAGAGCGCAACUGUGUGACAGUCUGGCGCUUAAAUGCCCAAAGACGACACCGAGCGGCCUUUCCGUGAAGUUAUCCUUGAUUUCUUCACGGACACUUGCCAAUGUGCACAAUGGCGCCCAAUUUUAAAUACCUUAUACAUAAGAUUAACCCCCAAGAUUAAUUGAAAUACAUAGAGUUACAAGUACAUAAGUACAGCAGCGCCGAAAUUCCAAAGUUGAAAUUCGAAACCACAACUGCCUUAUAAAUAAGAUUAGUAUUGCUUCUAUUGACGACAGAAGACCCCUGCUCCGCCUUUCUUGUUCUGACUAACCUUUCUAACUAUUUAUAUAUGAAUGUGAUAUUAUCAUAAAUUCAGAGCGAUUGCGAACGAAUGAUCAACUGAGCAAAAACAAAAAUCGUACUUUUGGUUAGUUUUUAGUUUAAGUACACUAGACACUUAAGGUGCGGAAUACCUUUUUAUAUACACUUCUACAGGAACGAAAUUCAAUAAAUAAAUUUAAAAGCGAGUAUCGUCACAAAAAA